AUGUCACCUUUUUAUCAAGGUGUUAAAACUUUCCAUCUAUUCCAGGUGGAUAUGCGAAUCACCUUGGGUCUUGGCGGUGUGCUCAUUGUCAUUUUGUCAGUUGUCGCCUCUGUUGGUCUAUGGAGUUACAUUGGCACCCCCGCUACGCUGAUCAUCAUCGAGGUGAUCCCGUUCUUGGUGCUAGCAGUGGGUGUGGACAACAUUUUUAUCUUGGUCCAUGGCUUCGAACUCGAUAAUGCAGAUGCGGACAGGCUGCUGCGCAAAGAAGCGGUCCGUUUGAGACAAGCGGGUUUCCGUUCUGUCGACCUGUCAGCACAGUCUGUCGCCGGAGAAUCGGCUCAACUGCGUGUGGUUGUAACGCCGACUCAGCUCAAAUCAGCAAUCAAAAACCUGGUGGAAACUCGUAUUUCGCGUGCAUUAGGACGCGUUGGCCCCUCACUUUUGCUAUCCAGUGUAGCGGAAUCCGUUGCCUUCUUUUGUGGUUCGCUCACCAACAUGCCAGCUGUUCGGGUUUUCGCAUUGUACGCCGGCAUGGCGAUUGCAUUCAACUUGCUUCUCCAGCUAUCCGCAUUCGUCGCCUUGUUGACACUGGACUCGCGUCGAUGGGCGGCACGUAGAUUUGAUGUCUUCUGUUGCUUCGGAUUGAACGAUACUCUUGAUGAAAUUGAUAUCGUUCCCCACACCGUGGAUAAGGAUGAUCGACGAAAUUUGACAGCCGAACUACCUACCGCUCAACUAGACUCCCUGUCUCUUGAUUCCGAUGCCAUGGAUGACGUCCGAUUGCCCAACUUGAUGCCUCCGGAGGUGCACGUUAAUGAAUCAAAUUCCAUGCCCUUGUUACACCGAGCUAUUGCGCAUGGUUUCACUCCGUUUCUGCUUUCCCGUUGGGUUCGUCCAAUCGUAAUCGUGCUCAGCUUGGCUUGGGCCUGUAUUGCCAUCGCGAUCAUUCCAAACGGCACCCACAUCGGAUUGGAUCAGCGUCUAUCUAUGCCGGAGGAUUCAUAUAUGUUGGGCUUCUUCAACACAAUGGCCACAGACCUCCGUGUCGGCCCACCUCUCUAUUUUGUUGUCACUGAUGGACACAGUUACAACGACACAGUCGGUCAGAAUGAAGUGUGUGGUACGGUCGGAUGCCCACAGAACUCGCUUAUGGGCCGCAUCAGUGAUGCAUCGAAAGUGUCAGCCUACUCGUGGGUUGCUCAGCCGGCAUCCUCUUGGAUCGAUGACUACUUCGAUUGGAUCGAUCCUGACGGCUCGCCAUACUGUUGUCGAAUGUAUCCAAAUUUGACCGACUUUUGUCCAGACACUGCACCUUUGGACGCAUGUGUUACGUGCCCGGUGGAAUUGAUCGAUGGGCGUCCGUCGGCCGAGAACUUCACUGGUUACCUGGGUCGAUUUUUAGACCAGAACCCCGGAACAGCGUGUCCCAAGGGGUAA